AUGGAUUCCAGAGUCUUGCACAUCUUCCAGAAGGAGCUCACCUAUCCCAUCUGCAGGAAGUACUUCAUUGACCCAGUCACUAUAGACUGUGGGCACAGCUUUUGCAGGCCUUGUCUGUACCUCUGCUUGCAAGAAAAAUCAGUUCUUAAUUUGUGCUUGGAAUGCAAGAGAGUGACAGACAAGAGAGAUUUUAAAACGAACAUCAGCAUCAAGAACCUGAAAGUCCUCAUCAGAAAAGCCAGUCUCCAGCAGUUUCUCAGCUCAGAGGAACACACACCUGUGGUGCGCAAGGAGACAAAGAAGAUCUUCUGCAAAGAGAGCAAGAACCUGCUGUGUUUGCUCUGCUCUGACUCUCAGGAGCAUCAGGGUCACAGACACCUGUCGAUGGACUGGGCUGCCGAGGAGCACAGAGAGACCCUCCUGAAGACAAUGAAGUGUUUAUGGAAAAACCUUUGUAAAAAUAGCAGAACCAUGAAUAUAGAAAUAAUCAAAGCAGGAUCAUGGGAGGUUGUUGUGCUGCCACCUUUAACUUCACCAAAACUUGAGAUAAACAUACGGACAAAGUAUGAAUCCAUGCUACUGCACAUGCCCCAGCCUAUGAAUCUAGAGCUGAGUGCAAUGUCCAUCAUUAGAUUGAUAGAAACCCUCAGAUGCUUCAAAGAUGAGCUUCAGCCCAUUGCCUAUAUUCCUGACACCCUUGGCUUGUUUAAGAAGAGAGUCAUUGAGAGCUUAGAGGCAAAGACAACAUGGAAACUUGCCAUCUCCAUGAAGAUACCCACUCCUGGCCUGCCAAUGUCAAUCGUUACUUCUGCAAGAGGGAGCACUAUUCAGAGUCUGAUAACUUUUCUAAGUUACCUCUCCUGCUUCCCAUCAAACACUCUCCACCCUGGAUUCAAUGCUGCAGUCUUGAAGGACAGCUCCCCAGGCAUAGCAGUCGUACAAGCUCAUCCAUGUCCCCUAACACCUCUGGAAUGCAAAAAAUGA